AUGAAGCUCUUAUCUUGGAACGUUAGAGGGCUAGGCAAGUCCAUUAAAAGGAGGAAAAUCAAAAAACUUCUAUUUGAAAGAAAGGUGGAUGUGGCACUGUUUCAAGAAACAAAGAGACCUGCUGUAACUGAUGAAUUUGUCAGAUCUUGUUGGCCUGGGGAACAGAUGGCCUAUAUGGCUGUGGACUCAGAGGGUGCAGCUGGUGGUCUACUGUGUGUCUGGAAUCCACAAGUGUUUCAACUUCUAGAUUGCUGUUGUAACAGGUAUUUUAUUAUUUUGUCUGGCACCCUUUUUACAAGCAUAGCUUGUGUUAUUGUGAAUGUUUAUGGCCCGACUGAUGGUGCUAAUAGGAAGGGAUUAUGGGAAACUUUGAAGAAUUUGAAGAGAAGCUUUGUUAAUCCUUGGUGCUUGGGUGGUGACUUUAAUGAGAUUAGGACAUUAUCUGAGAGGGUGGGCUGUUCUCAAAGAAGUGGUGGUAUGAAGGACUUUAAUGAGUUAAUUGAUAACCUGGAAGUGUGUGACUUACCAAUGUUGGGGAGAAAGUUCAUUUGGUGUAAUUCUCAGAAUGGUCUCAAAUGGAGUAGGCUGGAAAGGUUUUUAAUUAGUCCAGAUUGGUUGCAAAAAUUUAAUUUUAAAUUGUGGGGAUUACCAAGAAGGCUCUCGGAUCAUUGUCCUAUAUUAAUGAUGGAAGACGAAAGAGAUUGGGGUCCAAAGCCAUUUAAGUUUCUAAAUGCCUGGUGUCUUCAUCCGCAGUUUAAGAUUUUUGUGCAGAAAAUUUGGGCUGAAUCUCAUGUAAAUGGUUGGGCUGGAUUCAAAUGUUUACGGAAACUGAGAUUACUUAAAGCAGCACUGAAAAGAUGGAACCUUGAGGUGUUUGGCAAGGUGGAUUUUAAACUCAAGCAACUGGAGGAGGAGAUACAUGUCUUGGAUUUGGUGGCUGAACAAAGAUUACUCACUGAUGCAGAGAGAUCUACACUUAGGGAGUUAAAAGGUGAAGCAUGGAAUUUGAGUAAAAUGGUUGAAUGGUUAUGGCUGCAGAAGUCCAGAGCUAACUGGUUAUUAAAAGGCGAUAGAAAUACCAAGUUUUUCCAUGUCAUGGCCUCCACGAGGAGGAAUAGGAAUGCACUGUGCUCAAUUGAGGUUAAUGGGGCCUUGACUGAAGAUCCUAAGGAAAUAAGAACCGAAGUGUUCAAUCAUUUUCAGCGUCAGUUUUCGGAAUCAUGGUUUGAUAGGCCAAGUUUAUAUGGUCCAUUUAAGUCUAUUGGGGUUGGAGAGGCACGUGCUGCGUUGGAAGCUGAGUUUACAUAA